AGCGGCCGUCACCAAUAGCUUCCAUUUCCAAAGGAUGGGAGCUCCGGCUAGAAAGCGACUCUACUAUUACCAUGUAUGGUCUACCGAUGCCUCCCUCUGAUCAGAUGCUGCCUGUAGAAUUUCGGAAGAAAAUUUUGGAAAGAGGAUGACAAAUAUAUCAACCUUCAGUUUCUAACAUCAGCCUUGGAGACUGUUCUUCACUGGCUUAUGCUCAGUAAAUAGAAAUGAAUAUCAGUGCUAUGGCCCCACAUGCUGGAGGCAAUAACCAAAACAACCCUGGCGCGGCUUCAAGGCAGCGAUUACGUUGGACGAAUGAGCUUCAUGAGCGAUUUGUGGAUGCUGUAACUCAACUCGGAGGGCCGGACAGAGCUACUCCUAAAGGUGUUCAAAGGGUUAUGGGUGUGCAAGGUUUGACAAUAUACCAUGUGAAAAGCCACUUGCAGAAAUACCGUUUGGCAAAGUGCCUUCCAGACUCAUCAGCUGAAGUCACAAGAGAACUGAAAGAAUCCGAUGACGUGCUUUCAAAACUUGACAAUUCCAGUGGUAUACAAAUAAGUGAAGCACUGAAGUUGCAGAUGGAGGUGCAAAAGCGGCUGCACGAACAACUGGAGGUCCAAAGGCAGCUCCAGUUAAGGAUUGAAGCACAAGGAAAGUAUCUGAAGAAGAUCAUCGAAGAACAGCAGCGACUCAACGGCGGCGGAUUCAUGCCAAUCUCGAUGGACCAAUCCUCUGAAGAUAAAACAGAUCCCUCGACUCCUACGCCCAUCGCCAAAUCCUCCCUCCACGCAAAAUCCAAUACGAACCUCUUAAACAGCCUUUCUUUCGAAGACUCCCAUCACGAACCUCACACGCCGGAAACAGGCUCGCCGUUGAUGAGCCUGAAGCACGAACGCCAGGUUAAGAGUCAGUGAGUUUAAUCUCCUUAUUCCUGCGUGUUAGAUACUCCUUAGCUGAGUGUCCUGUAGUAUAUAUAUUUUCAGGCUUAUCAAGCUUUUGUAGGUCUAUUUCCUGGGAGGCUUUGAUUUUCAGAGAAUAGUUAUUUAUUUGAGAUAGUGUUUAGCAAUUCAUACAAAGCAAGGUAUGAUACUUUCUGUUUU